GUGUGGGUAUUUUUGGGUAGUAGCAAAUGAAAAAAGGGAUCUUCACACAAAUAGUCCACACUGUUUACUUUUCCUAACUGGUAUACAUAGAUUAUACAAGGUUAUACACUUAUUAUACCUCCACCGGCUAUUUGGGUGGUUAUUUAGGUUAAUUCUUCAUGAAAAAAGAACCCUUAUGCUGUUUUUUGUGUAAAGGUUUGAUUUUUUGUGUGUGGGUAUUUUGGGUAGUAGCAAAUGAAAAAAGGGAUCUUCACACAAAUAGUCGAUAUUGCUUACUUUUCCUAACUGGUAUACAUAGAUUAUACAAGGUGUCUAUAGCUACAGAAAAAAAAGUGAUUGUGGUGAUAAUGUUCGAUAGGGCAGCUAAGGUUUUGUUUGGUUGUUCUGCUGAUGAGUUCUUUGACUUUGCAAAGACUCACCCUUUUGCUGCUGCAAAUGUCGGUAAAGCUUUGGAAGGAGAGAUGUUGAAAGUCACCUUGUCCCAACCGAAGAAUGGGAAUGCACGGCAUCUAAGAGUGGCAUCAGUUUUGCCAUUGAAAACAGGUUAUCAGCCUGUGAUCGAGACCUUGAGAGAACUAUAUCGAGCAAGAGGUGGUUCAUAGCGCUACUGCAUUCAGGUGAAUGAAGCAGCUUACCAAGCCAGUUGCAGAUAAGGUCAUACUCUCCGGCGUAAAUGAGUAGAUUGAUACCAUCCUCAAGAAGUGAAGGAAUACCGAGUUCAAGGUUCUUCAUCCAGUCCGUCUGCAUCGCCGAAUAAACUUCUGAACUACACGAGACAAAAUCAAUGUCGGGAGAAACACCGAGGGCUUUCUUAACUUGGGCAUCGUUGAGGUAAGUGUCCAUUCUCGAGAAGUCAUAGCAGAGGUUACCCUCGCAAGUCUUCCGGAUAUCAUAGUACUGCAGGUAAAAAAAGGUCACAAAUUGAUUCGACUGUUAUAAAACAAAUAUGCUUGUAGUUAUACGACACCGUUUUCUCAUUGAAAAAAACAAAACUGAAAAAUGUUCUGAAUUCUUACGUUUAUAUCGCCCGCAAUGGCCAGUAUAUUGUUGAAAAUGCUUGUGCAAUCACUAAAUCCAGCCAAACAAGCAUCUUCAC